AUGAUGAUGCCAAGCUACAACCUGACAUGCUCACCAUUUGAUACAAAAGUGUUGUAUGAUGAUCAAGAAAUGGAUCUUUUUGUGGUUGAUGGUUGGGAUUUUUCAUGUUCAUUCAUCACCUCACCUGAAGACUCCUCUGUGAUGUCUUCAGACUCAUGCAUCCGCGAAGCUGUGGUUGAAAACGAGUACUAUUAUGAAACGAAAGAAACGUGCAACGAAUUGCAAGCAUGUUUGGAGAUGGAAGGAUUGGAGACAAUUUCAAGAGGUGAAAUUGAGAGCAUAUGUGAAUGGAUAAAUGAAGAAGAUGACACAUCUUUGAUCCAUCUGUUGAGGGCGUAUGGGGAGGCCGUGGAGAAUGGGGAGGAGGAGCUAGGCGAGGUGGUUGUGGGGGCAAUCAACGACAAGAGCAGCCCUGUUGGGAACACAAUGGAACGCGUUGCAUACAACUUGUUCGGGUUGAGUGAAGGCCAUGGGGGGUACAUGAGGGAUGAGGCAGCCAAGAACCUGAUAGCCGCAUUCAGAGUGAUGUAUCAGAGCCUCCCGGAUGGAAGGGUGGCACAUUUCACUGCAAACACGGCUAUUCUUGACUCCAUCCCUGAUGAUGCAGGGGUGGUUAGGGUUGUGGACUUUGAUGUUGGAGAGGGGAUUCAAUGGCCUCCGUUGAUGGAGGCGUUGGGCCGGAAAGGGAAGGCCCUGAGGCUUACCUCACUAAGGACUAAAGAGGAAUGCACUUAUUCCUUUUGGAAAUUUGAGGACACCAAGAAAAUGCUUCUAUCACAAGCCAAACAAUGUGGGGUUAAGCUCCAAGUUGAAGAAAAGUCCAUUGAAGAAAUUGGUAUUGAGAUGAUGAGAAUGCAAGGAAGGGAAUGGGUGGUUUUCAACUGCAUGGUAGGGCUUCCACACAUGGGGAGGAGACGGCCUAGAGCGAGCGUCGAAGGAUUUCUAAACGAAGCCAAGGGUAUGGUGGAAGGCUAUGGGGGCAUUGUGGUACUUGGAGAUGGAGAGGCUAUGGAGAAUUGUGAUGGUUAUGCCUCAUAUUUUGAUUUUCUACAAAGACAUUACCAAGCCGUGUUUGAGUCGCUUGAGAGGAAUCUCCCGGUUUAUAUUUCGGAGGCAAGGGCUGCCAUGGAGAGUCUGUUUUUGGGGCCUUUGAUGUGUCUGGUUGCGUGGCUCCGGGACUGGGAGGAGACGAGGAAAAGUUGCAAUUUUCAGAAGGAAACUCGAUUGGAAGGAAGGAAGCUUAGGUUGGAGAGCUUAACUGAAGCUGAGGAGAUGGUCCGAGGGGAAAAUCCGUAUAGUGUUAAGAUCGAAGGUGUGAGGGAUCACGAGAUGGUUUUGCGAUGGAAGGAGACAACACUAGUUCAAGUUUCUACGUGGAUGUGA